UGUCCGUACGAUGCGCAUUAGGGCGAGCGCGGGCGAUGGCGGCCAGCAGCAGCAGCAGCAGCGGCAGCAGCGAUGGCGGCGGCGCCAGCGGCAGGCGCGCCAUCACCAGCAUCGUCGACGACCAGGGCGUGUACAGCUCCCGGUGUGGCUACUGCAAAUCCGGGCGGACGAGCAGCGUAGCUCACGGAAUGGCCGCUCGCAGGCUUCACGUGAACGAUUAUCAAGAGCUGCUGGAUCGAGGGUGGAGACGAUCUGGAAGUUUUCUCUAUAAACCCGAGGGAAGGACGUGCUGUCCUCCCUACACCAUUCGGCUCAAAGUGGACGCGUUCGUUCCUUCCAAGGAGCAAAUCCGUGUAAGACGUCGCAUGAACAGGUAUCUAGAAGGCGACUGCAUUGGAAAAGAUGAUGAUGCCUCCAAGGGAACUAUCAGUGGAAUGGAGACUGGGAAAGAAGAGGAUGGAGUCUCCGCGGCCCUUGUAGAUAGCUUGAAGGCAGCGAUAAGAGAUUGGAUGGUGGAUGCCGGUGUUGGCUCGGACUUCCAGGUUCCGGAUGUUGGAGUUCGCAGGAUAUCGGAGAAGGUUAGACAAAAGCUCCAGGAGGACAGCACUUCUGAGUGGGAAGCGAGCUACACGAGCAACGCUGCGUUUUUAGUGGCAUCAGCCUUGAAGAAGAGGCGCAAUUUAGAUGGUGGUCAGCUAGCUAUGGAGGUGGUACCGGCGGACUUGGCUUCUCAGCUGGCAGCGAAGCUCUCGGCUCAACAGCUGAGCGGUGUAGUUGUCAAGGCUUGCAAGGGUCACGUCAACUUUUAUCUCUCGAGCUCAGCCAAGGGGAAAUCUUCUGUGGCUGCCAUCCAUGGCGAAACAAAAGCUGGCCAUGGAGAUGGAGAAGCUCCGGUACACAGGGUGAAGCGGACUUUGGAGGUGCGAAUGCAAAGGUCGGCAUUUGAUCGUGAAUCGUUUGAGCUUUACAAGAAAUACCAGGUUCUUGUCCACAACGACAAGCAGGUCCUGGAAUCGUCGUAUCGAAGAUUUCUGGUGGAUUCUCCAUUAGUUCCUUUUCAAAGUGCCUCCACUAGCUAUGGCUCUUUCCAUCAGCAGUACAGAAUCGAUGGACGCCUUGUUGCUGUGGGGGUUGUCGACAUUCUUCCAAAGUGCCUUUCCAGCAAGUAUUUGUUUUGGGAUCCCGACUUUGCCUUUCUUUCUCUGGGAAAGUUUUCGGCCUUGCAGGAGAUCGAGUGGGUUAAAGCUGCCGCCGAGCCAUCGUUACAGUAUUAUUAUCUCGGUUACUACAUACACUCCUGUCCAAAGAUGCGCUACAAGGCGGCCUACGCGCCAGCGGAGCUUCUCUGUCCUUUGACUCUAAAAUGGAUACCCUUUGAUAUUGCUCGUCCACUUGUGGAAACCGGGGCCUUUGUUCGACUUUCAGGCGAGAACAAACAAGCCGAUAUCACAAGCAACGGCACCGAAGCUCUCGAGCUACACGAGACUCCCAAGAACCUCGGUGAAGUUCCCAUUCUUCUCUACAGCAGCGCUCGAUGCAUCUUACUCAAGGAUUUGGAACUAGCAGCUCCAAAGCGCUUCAUUGAAGGACUGAAGUGGCAACUGUUGCAGUAUUGGCAGCUUGUUGGGGAGGGCCUCGCAUCUCGAAUGGCGUACGCCAUCCAGUCCAAGUUUUCCUGACUGAAAACGACUUACAUGUACAGCCACUAUUUGUAUUUUCCGAUUCGAUUCUCAUAAAGCAGCACGCUUGCGAGA